AUGGCAGCUUUUCUCCUGCUCCUCUCCCUGACCCUCCUGGCCGGCCCAGCCUGGGCUAGCACAGGCCUGAUCUCCAAGGAUCACCGGCAGGAACCCACCCUCCGGAACCAGCAGCACCAGCAAGACAGCUCCUUCUUGGGGGACCUGCGUGACCAGGAUGGGUCACCCUUCCUGAUCUGUAGCAGCUGUCAGAUCAUCAUGCAGAAACUUAAGGACAUGGUUGGGAACCAGAUUAACGACACGGAUGCGAUAGACAAUGCGGAGAAGCGGUUGUGCAGGUUCGUGGGUUUUAUUCUCCGGACGUUCUGCCGGAAACUCAUGAAGACAUAUAUGUACCCCAUCGCCAUCGAACUUCAGGCGGGCAAGUCUCCCUGGGAUGUCUGUGUGGACAUCAGUUUAUGCAAGCCUAUGGAAGACCAGGAUGCCAGGGAGAAGAUCCUGGAGUCUGAAUCUACCCUUGAGAAGAGGACUCUGGAGGCGGAGUGGCCCCAACCUGCCAGAAGGUCUCUCUGGAGAUACUGAUCCUGCUCAGAAGCUUCAGCAGCUCUGUCCCUGCCCCCCCCCCCCCCCCGAUCUGCCAACACCCCCACUCCAACUUGCA